AUGACUGCUGUCGACGACGUGUCGGCGGUGGUGCUCGAAACUACCUCGGACCGGGUCCGUGCUGGCUUUGCGGGUAGUGCGUGUCCAUCGUGCGUUCGUCUUCUGCCUGAGCUGACCACAGGGCCAGAGAGUCUCGCUUCUAUCCAGGACGCUUGGAGAGGGUCACUGGUGUCUAUCUUCGGCGCUGGAGAAGCCAUGUCCGAAGACAAUAGGCCCGCCGAGUCCGAAUCAUUGGGCAGCGAACGAACACCGUUGCUGCUCGUGGAGCCUGCGCAACCCUGGGAGCAGGAGACCCGCCAAGAACUCGUUCGCUUCGCGUUCGAGACGCUGCACGUGCCUGCCGUAUACCUCAUGCGCUCAGCGGUGGCUACGACUUUCGCCUGGGCCCGGAAGACUGCCCUCGUCUUGCACAUCGAUCGAGUCGGGGCAGUCGCCGCACCGGUUCUUGAGGGCUACUUGUUACUAAACUGCUUGCGUUCCGAUCCUCUGGUAGGCCUUCCGUGGCCUCAGCGAGACUCGUCCACUGCCGAAGAGACCAGACUGCCGCUGAAGAAAGUCGAAGCGAAGCUUUUUCCCCGUUUAACGCGACUGGUGUUUGAUGCCAUUAUGGCCGCCGAUAUUGAUGUGCGUCGUGAGCUCUUUUACAACGUAAUCGUGACGGGAGAUGGCCUAUCGCAGCUCGAGGAGCAAGCACUGGUGCAGCGACUUGACGAAACCCUGGGAGAGGUCUGCCCACAUCUCUUUCGCCCACGAGUUGUGAACGCCUCUAAUGAGCAGCUGUUUCAUCCAGGUGUGUCGGCCGCCUGGGUGGGUGCAAGUCUCUGUGGAACGCUCGGCGUUUUUCAUCAACUAUGGGUAUCUCGAUCCGAUUGGGAGGCAUCACCUCCCUCGAUUCUAGAGGAUCGCUGCCCAUGA